UUACGUCGAACAACGAAGGAUUAGGCGGUGUUCUUGCAACAUCAACAUGGCUGGUUUCCGAAUGCUCUGUCCUCCGUAACCGUAACCAUAGCCAUAGAACAUCGCCUCUUCGUCUCCGUUAUUCCCUUCUCCCUUUCUUCCUCAUUCGCUGGGAAUUCAACCUCAUCGAAUCGCCGCGACCAACAAUUUCAAUAGAUCCGAUUCAUCGAUGCUGCAGCUCCAGCUCAAAGGUUGAUGAAGAUGAGCUGUACAGGGAUGGAAAGAAGCGAGAGGCAGCAUCAGCAUGGUUGCAUAAUUCUGCUCAAAUAAUCUCAAAAUUAGCUCAGUGCUUUACUAAUGCUAUGGUUGGCCCACGAGCAUGGGUAGGAGGAAUUUUUAGCCGCUCCAGCAAUAAAAAAUUUGAAGGCAUCAAGCAUCUUGAAUAUACUCCGACUCAGAUUCAGGAAGAAAGACUGCAAAGACUUAAAGAACGUUUGGGAGUACCUUUUGACGAGAAUUGCAUAGAUCAUCUAGAGGCCCUAAAGGCCUUGUGGCACAUGUCCUUUCCUGACAUUGAGUUCCAGGGUUUGAUAUCAGAACAGUGGAAAGAGAUGGGUUGGCAAGGAUCUAAUCCGUCGACUGACUUCAGGGGAUGUGGAUUCCUGUCACUGGAGAACUUGCUAUAUUUUGCCAGAAACUAUCCGGCGACUUUCCAUAGGUUACUUUUAAAGAAAAGUGGACAGCGCGCUUUGUGGGAGUAUCCUUUUGCUGCGGCCGGUGUUAACAUAACUUUUAUGCUAAUUCAGAUGCUGGAGUUAUACUCGGAGAGACCAAGAUGCCUCCCCGGAAUUAAUUUUGUUAAAUUACUCGGAGAAGAUGAAGAUGCGUUCGACAUCCUGUAUUGUGUGGCAUUUGCAAUGCUGGAUGCCCAGUGGCUGGCCAUGCAUGCUUCGUAUAUGGAGUUCAAUGAAGUUGUGCAGGUGUCGAGGACACAGUUGGAGAGGGAACUGUCUCUGGAAGACGUCCAGAGCAUCCACGAUCUGCCCGCGCACAACAUGUUGUUGUAUCUAUCUGCUGCUGCUCCUGCUUACUACUAGUUUACUUUAGUUUAGUUUAAUUGAUUCAUUAACUUAUUAACUUGGUCGGUCUGACCGUCUGUCUGUCCGUUGAAUCCUGCUCUCGUCUGAGGAAAUAUAUACUUCAUUGUUUGUAUAGUGAGGUGAAGGCCCAAAUGAUUUCAACCCAACCAACCAAUUCUCUUGGCCCAUUAGAGACCCAAAUGGGCUAGCCCAGAUUUUUGUUUAACUUGCUACCUACCUCAACCUGUACUAUUAUUAUUA